AGCUCCCGGCGGUCGCAUUGUUUUCCUCCGCGGAUCCGCUGCGGGAGUGGGGGCUGCGACUCGGACCCAGGGCUCUCGUGACCCGACAGUUCCCCGGAGCCCACAUCCAAGCAUCAUUCAAUUGGGACGAUAGUCAUAUCUCGCCUGAGCGCCAACACAGACAGAACUCCGCACGGUACUGGGCUGCUGGCCGCCCGCUGCGAUCUCGAGCCCGCUAACCCUGAUCUCGGAGUCAGAGUCUCCUAAUCCCUUCAAUCCCCCAAAGGAGUUACCACCCCAGGGCCAGCAUAUGGGUGAAGGGGCACCCCCUGGGGCCUGAGCUGCCCCACACACAAUGCUUCGCAUCCCCUACUUCAUGCCCUUGCUGCUACUCCUGCUGCUGCUCUCACUUCCCCAUACCCAAGCCACCUUUCCCCAGGAUCCCCUCCCUCUGUUGAUCUCUGACCUACAAGGUAUUUCCCCAUUAUCCUGGUUCCGGGGCCUGGAGGAUGAUGCUGUGGCUGCAGAACUUGGGCUAGACUUUCAGAGAUUCCUGACCUUGAACCGGACCUUGCUAGUGGCUGCCCGGGAACACGUUUUCUCCUUCGAUCUUCAAGCCCAAGAAGAAGGGGAGGGGCUGGUGCCCAACAAGUAUCUAACAUGGAGGAGCCAAGAUAUGGAGAACUGUGCUGUCCGGGGAAAGCUGACGGACGAGUGCUACAACUACAUUCGUGUUCUCGUUCCCUGGGACUCCCAAACGCUCCUUGCCUGUGGAACAAACUCAUUCAGCCCUGUGUGCCGCAGCUAUGGGAUAACUUCACUGCAGCAGGAGGGUGAGGAGCUGAGUGGGCAGGCUCGAUGCCCCUUUGAUGCUACCCAGUCCAACGUGGCCAUCUUUGCAGAGGGCAGCCUGUACUCAGCCACAGCUGCGGAUUUCCAGGCCAGUGAUGCUGUUGUUUACAGAAGCCUUGGGCCUCAACCCCCACUCCGCUCCGCCAAGUACGACUCCAAGUGGCUUCGAGAGCCCCACUUUGUCCAUGCCUUGGAACAUGGAGACCAUGUCUACUUCUUCUUCCGAGAGGUCUCUGUGGAGGAUGCCCGGCUGGGGAGGGUGCAGUUCUCCCGGGUAGCCCGUGUGUGUAAACGUGAUAUGGGUGGCUCACCUCGGGCCUUGGACCGCCAUUGGACAUCCUUCCUGAAGCUGCGGCUAAACUGUUCUGUCCCUGGGGACUCUACCUUCUAUUUUGACGUCUUGCAGGCCUUGACUGGGCCAGUGAACCUGCAUGGCCAUUCUGCUCUCUUUGGAGUCUUCACCACCCAGACCAAUAGCAUCCCUGGCUCUGCAGUCUGUGCCUUUUACCUGGAUGAUAUUGAGCGUGGGUUUGAGGGCAAGUUCAAGGAGCAGAGGAGUCUAGAUGGUGCCUGGACCCCUGUGUCUGAGGACAGGGUCCCCUCACCCAGGCCAGGAUCCUGUGCAGGUGUGGGUGGAGCUGCACUCUUCUCCUCUUCUCGAGACCUUCCCGAUGAUGUCCUGACCUUCAUCAAGGCUCACCCACUACUAGACCCUGCUGUGCCACCUGCCACCCACCAGCCUCUCCUCACUUUCACUAGCAGGGCUCUGCUGACCCAGGUAGCUGUGGAUGGCACAGCUGGUCCCCACAGUAACACCACCGUUCUGUUCCUUGGCUCCAAUGAUGGUACAGUGCUGAAGGUGCUGCCCCCAGGGGGGCGACCUGGGCAACCCGAACCUAUCCUAUUGGAAGAGAUUGAUGCCUACAGCCCCUCCCGGUGCAGUGGGAAGCGAUCAGCCCAAACAGCACGACGGAUCAUAGGGCUGGAGCUGGACAUUGAGGGUCACAGGCUCUUUGUGGCUUUUUCUGGCUGUAUUGUCUACCUUCCUCUCAGCCGCUGUGCCCGGCAUGGGGCCUGUCAGAGGAGCUGUUUGGCUUCUCAGGACCCUUAUUGUGGAUGGCAUAGUUCCAGAGGCUGUGUGGAUAUCAGGGGAACUGGUGGGACUGAUGUGGAUCAGGUUGGCAACCAGGAAUUCACAGAGCAUGGUGACUGCCAAGAUGGAGCUACUGGGAGUCAGUCAGGCCCUGGGGAUUCUGCUUAUGUGUUUCUGGGUCCUGGCCCUUCCCCUGAGACCCCCAGUCCCCCCAGUGAUGCCCAUCCCGGGCCCCAGUCUUCCACUCUUGGAGCUCACACUCAGGGUGUGCGCCGGGACCUCCUCCCAGCCUCAGCUUCCCGCUCCGUCCCAAUACCACUCCUCUUGGCCAGUGUAGCGGCGGCCUUCGCCCUGGGCGCCUCAGUCUCUGGCCUCCUGGUCUCCUGUGCUUGUCGCCGAGCCCACAGACGUCGGAGCAAAGACAUCGAGACUCCAGGACUUCCACGACCUCUCUCCCUCCGCAGUCUGGCCCGCCUGCACGGUAGCGGCCCAGAGCCCCCGCCACCAUCUAAGGAGGGAGAAGCAGCACAGACGCCACAGCUCUACACCACGUUCUUGCCUCCCUCCGAGGGAGGACCCCCGCCAGAGCUGGCCUGUCUGCCCACCCCGGAGUCCACCCCAGAACUGCCGGUCAAGCAUCUCCGCGCCGCAGGAGGUCCCUGGGAGUGGAACCAGAAUGGGAACAACGCCAAGGAGGGCCCAGGCCGAGCGCGGGGCAGCAACGCGGCAGGCGGGCCCGCGCCGCGCGUGCUGGUGAGGCCGCCUCCUCCCGGCUGUCCCGGGCAGGCGGUGGAAGUCACCACUCUGGAGGAACUGCUGCGCUACCUGCACGGUCCUCAGGCGCCCAGGAAGGGCGCGGAGCCAUCAGCCCCUGCCUCCUCGGCAGCUUUUACCUCGCGGGCGCUCCCGCCAGAGCCUGUUCCCACCCCCACUCUGUUUGCGGACUCCAGUCCCCUCCCUCGAGAAUGUGCACCGCCACUGAGGCUGGAUGUGCCUCCCGAGGGCAAGUGCAUGGCUCCCAGCACUCGGCCAGCGCUCUCGGCCCCGGCUCCCCGGCUAGGGGUUGGGGGAAGCCGAAGGUUGCCCUUCACCCACCGUACACCCCCAGCCCUACUCACUCGAGUCCCCUCGGGAGGCCCCUCCAGGUACUCCGCGGGGCCUGGGAGGCACCUCCUCUACCUGGGACGGCCGGAGGGGUAUCGAGGCCGUGCUCUGAAGAGGGUGGACGUUGACAAGCCGCAGUUGUCCCCGAAGCCUCCCCUCCUCGGGUCCUCCUCUCACCUGGCCGUCCCUAAUGGCAGCCAUUUUAACUUUUAAAGGGAGUUGUUCUACCCCCUCACGUGGGGCCCUUGAGGCCCACGUCCUCGAAGGUCGUGGGGAUGGACGCUUCUCCGCACCUCCAGCCUUUCUGGACUCUGAGAGUCUCCCCGGGUCCCUUCUAGCCUCGGGCUUAUUUAUUGACUGUCGAUUGUCUUUCCCCCCAGUCCUCAAGAGAGGAGUGGGAGGUGAGAAGCUUGUCCCCUCAGUGAGCCAGCAUUUCGGGGGGUACUGGCAGAUUUCCAUUCCCCUCUCCCUUCCAGCCAAGCUGCCUUAACUCGCCCUCCGGGCUUCUUCCACUGACUGAGCCCCGGGCGGGCGGACAGACGUGGCUGGGGCCACGCGCACGUUGUGUACCGAGUUCUUGGGCCUCCUGGGACUGGGACGUGCCUCCUCCUACUAUGUAGGAGCCUCCGCUUCCCAAUACAGCUGUGUCCCUGAGCUGCUGCCUGACUACUCGCUGUGGGGCAGGGGAGGGGAGGGAAUGGGAAUCGGUGGACUCUUUGGGCGCACUUGCCCCAGAAUCUCUGCCUUCAUCUUGGCCUCGAGCUCUCUCCCAAGUAAUUGGGAAGACUACAGUCCCAAAAGAGUUAAUCAGGAAAGGUUUCCUGAAGGAGGCAAGCGAAGAAAUGGUGUAUGGGGAUGAGCCAGGGCCCAGGAGAACCACCGCAGAGUUUAGGUGGAGUUGGGGAAAGCGCUGGAGCACGUUCCUGGAUUGGGAUUAAAAGGGACUUCUUCAUGAUCGAUUCUAUGGGGCGGGGGAGGGAAUUUUGGAGAAAUACAGUGGAGUCGUAGCGUGAUUUGAGUUUUAGACCAGGAAAUUUUAUCCCAAAGAGAAUUUGGCUGAAAGAAUUUAGAUCACUUGAGAGGUAAAACUGCAGAAAACAGCAAAGGAUUCAGCCCUGCUGGAGGCAAAGGUUUGCUGGAGCGGUUCCCCUUCAGAUAGCUGUAGGGGGGUGUCGACAGCGCGUAUUUCAUCGCACGCAUGCGUAGCAUUCCCUGGAAAAGGCUCGCAGCCACACCAGAACCCCGCUCUCUACAGCUAGUGCGUACGGGUCGCGAUGUUCCUUUUCCCCGGAUGGUGCUGGCAGCAGAUAACUGUUCAUUACUUUAGAUACCAAUGGGAGGGACGAAUGGCACCACCUGCCUCGCCCCCGCCUUGCGCUAAUGACACUUAAGGCCUUGCGCGGGUGGUGGCUGCUUCUGCAGAUUUUCAAGUCAGGUUUUUCUUCCGCGCUUGGCCGGAGUAUCCGCCCAGUUCGAGACCUAGUCCAUUCCUGUUGGCGCCGCCUGGAGGCCGGACAAAGCCCUGCAGCCUAAGGAAGACGUCCCAGUCAUACACGUUUGCUACUGCAGCUUUUUAAAUUUGGUACCGGGGAUUGAACUCCGGGGUGCUUAACCACUAAGCCACAUCCCCAGCAUUUUUUUUUUUUUUUUAAUUUUACUUAGAGACAACGAUCCUCCUGCUUCAGCCUUCAGAGCCGUUGGGAUUACAGACGUGCGCCUGGCUUCGUUUGCUUCUUAAAAAUGUUCUUGGAGGGAAACAAUCUACUGAAGAAACCUGAGAUUGUUUCUACCUUCGCCUUUUACUACUUGAGACCUUAAUUCUACCCUAAGCCUGUUUCCUCAUCACCAAAAAAAAAAAAAAAAAAAAAAAAAAAAAAGAAAAAGAAAAAGAAAAAAGUUGAGAGGCUUAAGUACUAUAGUGUACAAACGCUUUCUGAAGGAGAAAGUACGAGAUAAAUGGUUCCUUAUCUACUCAUAAUUAGGGUAUUCAUAACUUUGAGAUCUGGUUUUUACUGAACAAGUGUUUCCCUUUGUAUCAUCAUAAACUGCACUUACAGAUUUAACCCUCAAGGUUUUUAUAUGUCCUCUGAGUGUGAGAUAUUCCUCACAACUCAGUUAAGCUUGUUUAGACAAAUGUAGUUAUCCUCCAGCGUUUAACUUCUCUUUUUUCUUUUUGGUGUGUGUGUGUGUGUGUGUGUGCGUGUGUGUGUGUGUGUGUGGUAUUGGGGAUUCUGCCACUGAGCCACAUCCCCCCCCACCCAGUCUCCCAAUUUUUAAAAUUUUUUUGAGACAAGUUCUUGCUAUGUUGCUGGGACUAACCUUAAACUUGCAAACCUCCUGCCUCAGCUUUCAGUUGCUGAGAUUCCAGGUGUUCACCACCCUCUGACCAGAGUUUAAUCUCUUAGCACUGUUGCACCAGAUUGGAGAAAUCCUUUAGGUCUCAGUUUUCCCCUUCUUGCAUGCCUUACUUAGAGAUAAGAUGCUCUGGGGCCAUUGCUAGUGCCCUAGAUAUUGAAAAUAAAAGAAUGGAGGAUCUUUCCAGUUACCUGACUUCAUUUAACUUUCAAACCAAAAUGUUAAAGAAAGGAUAAAGAAAAAAGUUGAGAUUGCAGCCUUUCAAAGUUCUCAGAGGAACAAAUUUCACAAAUAUAAUUAUACCCCUGAAGGUGGUCAUAAGCAAGAGGGGCAAAUGAUUCUCAGGUUUAAAUAUAGUCCCAAAAGAGAAAUACAGUCAUCCCUCUGUGUCCAGGGGGAAUUGGUUCCAGGACCUCCCCAUAUCAAAAUAUGUAGGUAAAGGGGCUGGGGUUGUGGCUCGGUGGUAGAGUACUUGCUUGGCAUGUGUGAGGCACUGGGUUCAAUCCUCAGUACCACAUAAAAACAAACAAACAAAGGUAUUGUGUCUGUCUACAACUA